GUGCCCUCCAUUUAUUCGUCGUGAUGGCAGGUUUGGGAACCACCGCCGCCGCCACCGCGACGACGACAGGUGCGCUUCAGGACGACCUACUUCUUGUGAAUGUGGGCAGCCUUCGCGGCCACGAUCUCGACAAACAAGUUGGUCUCGCACUGCUGCCACAGAUCGAAUUCUCGGACGAAGUGGCGGGCCUCGUGGACGCGUCGAAAGCACUCCUCUUGGCGCCUUUGCAGUUCUUGGACGGCGAAGCUCCCGUUACGGCCCAACGCACCCAGCUCGCCAAAGGAAGCAUUCAAGUGCGCCAAGACGGAUCGGCCACCCACACGCCGCUCGCUGUGAACCCAACCAUCCAGCAGCAAAUCACGCAAAUGUCGGACGACCUGCACUUGUCCGAGGCAUCGUGCUUAAAGUAUUGGAUUCUCGCGAGUCAACCUGAGAACCGAACACUAGUAACCCAGCGCAACCACCUGGCCAAGGAUUUGAUUCAGGACAACGUUCCAGCUGCCGCGCGGGAGUUUGUGCUGCAAGAGACGUCGGCGGCGUUGUCGGCGCUUCGCCAGCUGUGCCGUGCACGGAUCGACGCUUCGCUCCCUGCUGACAAGAAGGACUUUAUCGUCUCAUUCACGAACGAUUUGGUUCGCCAGGAUGUGGUGGCCAACUUGAUCACCCUCUUGACAACAUCCAUCCCCACGUUGGUCCAACGCCCACGUGUGCAUGUGUUCGCGCUGCAGUGGCAGAAAACGAUUGCCGAGAUCCUCUUUUUGCUUGGCACGUCCACCCAUCUCAUCCAGACCGAGGUCAAGGCGCUGCUGACGUUGGCCAAAUCGUUUGCCGUUCGACUCGACGCGUUGCGAGCCACUGUUGCGUCGACACUGCAAAGCGCGAUGGGACUCGGCUCGUUUGUUGACUCGUUGCCCUUGGAUGCGCCCGAGAUGACGUCGUUACUGCACACGUUGAACUUUAUUCAAGCCACGGCGGCGUCCGUGCUUGUCGUCCAGGACACCCGGCGUUACAACCGCAACACGGGCGAGUUCACAGCUAGUGCGCCGGUGUGGUGGACGUCGGCGGUCGUGCAAGAGCUCAAUCCACUGGUGCUCCAAGACAAAUGGCUGCCGACGUCUUCCAAACUCGGCAAAGUUCAAAGUGUUAUUGGGCUGUACUACGCCCUAGCAUUGGCCAAGUCCCCAACCCACGAACGGGUCGACAGCUUUCUCGCCGACUGUGUGGCCGCCAACUGCUUUUCAUUCGCCACUCGAGCCAUGUACCCGUUUGCCCCUGUGUCCGACCCGCUCUUGAGCACGCCAUACUUUUCAACGUUUCAAGAGGUGUUUACCAGCUACGCCACGCAUUUCUUUACGGGCCAACCUGCCGCCACUGCCGACGCGGCUUCUACGUCGCGGGAACCUGCUCUCGGCGCUGCCGCCACUCGCCCCGGUGAUGACAUCAAAGACAUCUUGGACUGGGCCACGUACCUGUGCGAGCACUGCCCGACGCUGGCAGCGCAGUGCUGGUCCACUCCGGCCACGUUCGUGUCCAAGCUCUCGCCCGAAGUUGUCGCCAAAGGGCAAGUCGCGUACAUGCAUUUUCUGGCCGUGUCUGGCAAGGGCAACCCUUCCGCCGCGUACAAGCACAUCAAGGACAGCCCGCCGCCGAUCUCGUGGAAGCGGUUCUUCUCGGCCAUCGAAAGCUACCGCCGGCUGUUGAUGCCGGACCAUCCGCACACGAUGUUUCCCACGAAAGCUGUCGCGUCGUCGUCCACUCCGCACAAGUUCUCCACAGCUGAAGUGGAUGCGCUCGAAGCCAUGUUCCAUAUCUUCCAGACCAUGGUACAAGACGACAGCAUCGCGCCGUUCUUCCUCGACUGGCCAGACGUGAACGUCCUGCUUCUCUUCCUCGGGUUUGUGCGGUGCCCGAUCCCGUCCGUGCUCAAGGGAGCCGUCAUGGACACGCUGUCGUCAUUUGUGACGUCGUCGCCGAUGGGCCAAUUGAUGUGGCAGCACUUGGAGUCGGCGCAAAUUCUGCUCACCACGUCAUCGUCGUCGACACACGCGAACCAAGGCAUCUUGUUCGAGUUGGAGCAGAUUGAGAGCAUGCAGCGCACAUACCCUGCGACGUUGGGGUUUCUCAAGUUGGUGGACAAGUUGUUCCGGUUCGACUUUCCAGACGACUGCGGCGCCAACUACCGCGUGCCUGGCGCGCAACCGUACUUGGACUUUGCGCUGCAUGUGUUUUUGAAAGCCGACACGCGCGAGUACGACGUGGAGCUGGACAAGUGGCAAAUUUUGGAGCAAUGUCUGCAUCUGUUUGACCACGUGCUUGCGUCGUACACGCCGACGGCAUCCGACUUUACCGACGACUACGUGGUACUGAAUCCGCACUUGGGGUCGUUUGGCAAGAACGACAAGUACUUUCACAAACCAAAGUCGCUCGGGUUUAUGUUGCUCAGCAAGUUGUUGACGGAUAGCCCCGUGUUGCGCAAACUGGUGCAACUGCUCACGACAGAGUUGUCUGUCACCCACUUGGAACGCACCAACGACGUGGCCCAAGUCAAGUACACGACCGAUCUAUGCAUGCAGCUGGUGCAGGAGUCCUCGACCCUCAACUCGACGCCGCUGAUUCGCGUCCAGGAGAACCUCGUGACCCUCGCGCUGAGCGUCCUCCAUCGCGUGUUUGAGCUCGAAGGCGCGUUUGUGAGCAGUGUGCGCGCCAGUGCGCUGGAAAGCACCGUUGUGGAGCCGCUGCACCGCCUCCUCGUUCGAACCCCCCAACACGUGAUCACGCUGGCCAAGUACAUCCGAUACACGCCGCAACCCAGCAUUGCGCUCCAGUCGGCCAAACUUCUGCACCACCUAAGCACCCACUUGCCGCCGACGCACUUGGUGCAGUUGCUGCACGACCACGGAGAUGACCGCGAGAUCCGCGACGGGUACGUGUCUGUGAUCAUGGACGAGUCGGCUGCUUGGUCCGAGGCCAAACGCGUGGUGCUGGACAUGUUGCUGGACAACGUCCGCAAACCAGUGCCGAACCUGUCGACGUUGCUGCUGCUGUCCUCGUCUGCUACUGGGGACGAAUCCAACAACGUGCUGGACGCGUUGCUGCUGGUGCUCGACAACUUGAACUUUGUCCACGCCCAGCCCGUGUUGAGCGAACGCGCGCACGAGUUGGUGUACCGCGUGCUGUCGACGCCGACACUCCAAAAGAUUCGAGGCGCGGGGCUGCAGCACCUGGAAGGCUUCCUCACCCGUCAGAUCCAAACGCUUCCGACGCUGUGGUCCAUCCAGCGCCACGUCACGGCACACCGGGACGUGCUGGCCUUGAUUCACAUCCGGCGGUGGCUCGUACAGGACGUGGCGCUGGUGGUGUUUCAAUCAAAACAGGCGGCGCCGCUGUUUGCGUCGUCGGCUCCCGUCUCUGUGCUGUUGGCGCUGCUCGACACCACGUCGUUUGUCCAUGCGCCCCCGCCGAUGCCCCAGGAUGACGCCGGCUUGAAGUUGGCGGACCAGUGCACGGUAGAGCAAGACCAACGGCUGUACAUCGACGUGGUGAAAUUCCAAUCACUGCUUCUCGAGCACCAGUCUACCGAUCAGUCGGCGCCGUUGGUUCAGUGGGCGUUGAGCUGGAAUCGGUUCUCCGAACGCAUUGCCGUGGAAGCGCAGGCGCUCGAGGCGUGGACGGCGCUGGCCCAAGUCCUCACCGUGGACCACCACGUCAGUGUCAAGGAAUUGUACCAAGUGUGGCAAACCCUGCUCAACAAGGCGCAGACGAAGGACGCCGUGGGCCACUUGGUCGAGUUGGUGGCCAAAGUCAGCGUCACACUGAGCUUUCAGAUCCGCGCCGACCGCGUCCACCAGUCCUCGUCUGGGCUGUCGUCGUACCAGCGUCUAGAACUCCUUCAAGACACGGAACGGGUCGUGAUGCAGACGACGUUGCAAUCGAAUCCGUCGGCGGGCCGCCGCGCGCGCAGCUGGCUGUACACGUCGCUGUUGCACUUGAUGCGAUAUGGUCAAGAAGAAUCCAAGGUGGACACUGGAAGAACCACCGCCACGCAUCCUGGCACCCGCGACGCGUUGAGCCACCUCGUGCUGGGGGCCCAAGAGCCGACGUUGUUUGACGAGUACGUGUGGAAGGACGUGUUCUUGUCGACACUGUGUCGAGACGCCAGCGAAGCCGCGUCGGAACCGCUGAGCAUGGGGCUGGCCAUGAACGUGCUAGGGCUGAUUCUGAGCUGCUCGUCCAGCGGGCGCGUGAGCAUUCUGCGGCUGCUCCCAAUGCCCCACCUGUGCAAUGUGCACUUGCAGUUGCGCGAGUCAAACCAGGACGAACUGGCAGACACAGUGGUGUCGUUCUUUGUGCAAGUGGCGCAGUCCAAAGAAGGCGCGCUGACAUUGCUCCAUGGCGGCGUCGUGCGCACGCUCAUGCAGUGCACGACGUUUCCCGUCCAGCGCCCGCAGUGGAUCCAGGAGUCGGACACGUGGCGCGCUGCCGAACACGCGUACUUCCAAAAGUGGCUGCCUGUGCUGCGCCUGCUCGGGGCGCUCUGCACGGCCCUGCCUCGCAACGCAGAAUGCAUCCAAGUAGUGUUGAUCUUCCUCCACAAGCACAUCAAACUCGUCAACGGCGCGUUAAACGUGGAGGUACAUUCGCCGUCGCUCCAGCGCCUCGUCGAGAUGUCGCAGGUGCUGCUGCUGCUGCGCACAGCGGCAGGCCACCCCAAGCUACUGGAGUCGCUCGUCGGUGCCCCCAAGGUCGUCAAGCUGACGCAAAAAGUCGUGCACGUGGCUUCAUAUUACGGACGAACUCUGGGAAGUUUCACAGGAGGGUGGUGGGCCGCGAUCGUGCCCCGUACCUUGUCCGAGCAGGAACAGGCCGACGUCGCCGGCUCCGUCGCGUGUUUGCCGUCCGCAAGCCUCUUUGACGAGUGCAAGUGGGACGCAGUGCGCUUCGUCCUGUCACAGGCCACCGCGUACUGCCGCAUCCGCAUGCUCAGCUGGGACUCUCCAUUGAAGACCACCAAGAGCGAGUACGUGGCGAUUGCAGUGCUGGACGCUGACCAGGACUGGCUGGCGGCGCUGGUCACGUUUGUCGAUCUGUACCGAAAAGACGUGGACAAGGACACGCUGGUGUUUCUCAUUGAAAACACCACCACCGUUCUGGCCCACCACGCCCUCCACGGUCGCCAUCAUGCCACGGCCGCCGCGAUUCUCACCACGCUUGGCUCGGAUUUUGAGAACCGCGGUCUGCUUCAUCUGUUGAGCCGCAAACUGCGGGAUCUGGUUAGCUCGACGCCGGCGCAACCAUAAUACUAGCUAAUCCUUGUUACUUUCGAAAUACAUGUCCAAAAGACACACAUUCCAUCGUC